GGGAAAAACCUGGAAAGCCAAAGGGGAAGAAAAUACGGCGCGGCGGGCAGAGCCGGCAGGGGUGAGGCGGCGCCGGGCCGGCGGGGAGCGGUGCGGUGUCUCCCCGGACGCUCCGUCGGGGCGCUCCCGGCAACUUUUGCAGGAGAUUUUGGCGCUUCAGGGAAAAAAAAAAGCGGCGGAGCAGGCACCUGCCGAGCGGUUUCCAGCCGGCGUCUGGCGGAAGUAACGCAACUUUCUCCAGCUUCUCGUCCCUCCUCGUCGGCUCCCUUCCAGCUGCAGCCCCUACUCGUUCCCACCAGGAGCUCCGGCAGCCGUCGAGGAAGAGCGACACAGACCUCUCCACAGCUGCAAAUCAUCUGGGAGGCGGGAGAAGCAGGCAAGCGGCGGAGGCGAAGCACCCGCCCGAGCCCGGCACGCAACAUCGGGGAAAGUUUUGAAGGGAGAAGGACCUGGCAGGCUGGGGAGGAGGCGAGGAGAGCCGGGCUGAGCUGCAGGCGGAGCGAGGGCGGCCUCGGUGUGUGUGUGGGUCCCUUCCACCGCCCCAGGGGCGCCGGUGGCCGGCGCGGAGCGGGGCGUAUGGGGCGGCGUUUCGGGAGGUUUUCGCCUGCUCCUGGCUCCCCCGCCGGAUGCUGCCUGGGCUGUUUUGGCUGCUUUUCUUCGCCGGCGAUGAAGGCUCUGCCUUGAAGAUGGAGAUGAUCUGUUUUUUAUUCCUGUCUCUGGUGCCCGUGUACAGCAGGGGACAAGGGGUUUACGCUCCUGCUCAGGCCCAAAUCAUCCAUGCUGGGCAGGCGUGCGUGGUGAAGGAAGAUAACAUCAGUGAACGUGUUUACACAAUUCGGGAGGGGGACACGCUGGUCCUGCAGUGUCUGGUCACAGGACACCCCCGGCCACAGGUGAGAUGGACCAAAACCGCUGGCAGCGCGUCGGACAAAUUCCAAGAGACGUCAGUGCUUAACGAGACCCUUCGGAUUGAGAAGAUCCAAAGGCUGCAGGGGGGCCGCUAUUACUGUAAAGCAGAAAAUGGGGUUGGGGUCCCUGCCAUCAAGUCCAUUCGAGUAGAUGUGCAGUAUCUAGAUGAACCUGUUCUCACCGUUCACCAGACCAUCAGCGAUGUACGUGGCAGCUUCUACCAGGAGAAGACUGUCUUCCUCCGCUGCACAGUCAACUCCAACCCACCAGCUCGCUUCAUCUGGAAACGGGGAGCUGAGACGCUUUCCCAUAGUCAGGACAAUGGUGUGGACAUCUAUGAACCCCUCUACACACAGGGUGAAACCAAAGUCCUGAAGCUGAAGAACCUGCGGCCCCAGGAUUAUGCCAGCUACACGUGCCAGGUGUCCGUCCGCAACGUCUGCAGCAUUCCUGACAAAUCCAUCACCUUCCAGCUCACAAACACCACAGCCCCACCUGCUCUGAAGCUGUCUGUCAAUGAGACACUGGUGGUCAACCCUGGUGACAACAUCACUAUGCAGUGCUCUCUGACGGGUGGUGACCCGCAGCCAGAGGUGGUUUGGUCUCACUCUCCUGGCCCAAUGCCUCCCAACAGCCUCGUGCAAGGAGGCAACCUCACUAUCUGGAGGAUCCGUGUGGAAGACUCGGGCUACUACAAUUGCACGGCCAUCAACAACGUGGGGAACCCAGCAAAGAAGACAGUGAACCUGCUGGUGCGGUCCAUGAAGAAUGCCACAUUCCAAAUCACCCCUGAUGUGAUCAAAGAGAGCGAGACCAUCCAGUUAGGGCAGGACUUGAAGCUUUCGUGCCAUGUGGAUGCUGUCCCCCAGGAGAAGGUUGUCUAUUCCUGGUACAAGAACGGGAAACCAGCCAGGUUCUCAGACCGGUUGCUCAUCACCAGGAAUGACCCCGAGCUCCCACCUGUGACCUGCAGCUUGGAGAUUAUUGACCUGAGGUUCAGUGACUACGGCACCUACCUAUGCGUGGCCACCUUCCAGGGAGCACCCAUUCCUGACCUCAGUGUGGAGGUGAACAUCUCCUCAGAGACAGUGCCACCAACCAUCAGUGUCCCUAAGGGGCAGUCCACAAUCACCGUCCGAGAGGGCUCCCGGGCUGAGCUGCAGUGCGAGGUUCGAGGGAAGCCCAAGCCACCCAUCAUUUGGUCCCGGGUAGAUAAGGAAACCCCCAUGCCUUCGGGGUCAAUGACGAUGGAGACAUACGAUGGGAAGCUGCGCCUGGAGAGUGUGAGCCGAGAAAUGAGCGGGACCUAUAAGUGUCAGACAGCCAGGUACAACGGCUUUAACAUCAGACCCCGGGAGGCCCUGGUGCAGCUCAACGUGCAGUUCCCCCCCGUGGUGGAGCCGGCCUUCCAGGACGUGCGCCAGGGCAUGGGGCGCAGCGUCACCCUGCGUUGCACCAUGCUGAAGGGCAGCCCCAUGAAGGUGGCCACCUCCGUCUGGCGCUUCAACGGGACCCUCCUGGCACAGCCGCUGGCAGAGCAGCAGGACUACUCGGAGCUGAAGGUGGACAGUGUCAGCCGGGAGACCAGCGGUAGCUACGAGUGCAGCAUUUCCAACGACGUGGGGGUCUCCGCCUGCCUCUUCCAGGUGUCUGCAAAAGCUUACAGCCCAGAGUUUUACUAUGACACUCCCAACCCCACCUUGAGCCAGAAGCAAUCCAAGAAUUACUCUUACGUCUUGCAGUGGACACAGAAGGAGCCCGAUGCUGUAGAUCCUAUCCUCAAGUACCGCCUGGAAGUCCGGCAGCUGUCUCAGAGAAACACCAUCCAAACCUUCAUUCCUGUGCAGAAAAUGGAGAAAGGCCUGUUGCUGGAGCACAUCUUGCCCAACCUGAAAGUGCCUCAGAGCUAUGAAGUUCGCCUGACGCCCAUCACCAGCUUUGGGGCUGGAGACAUGGCUGCCCGCAUCAUCCGGUACAUGGAACCAAUCAACUAUCCCAACCCAACAGAUAACACCUGCCGCUUCGAGGACGAGAAGAUCUGCGGCUUCGUGCAGGACAAGAUGGACAACUUCGACUGGACCCGGCAGAACGCCCUGACCCAGAACCCCAAGCGCACCGUCAACACCGGGCCCCCCACAGACAUCAGCGGUACGCCGGAGGGUUAUUACAUGUUCAUUGAGGCUUCCCGGCCCCGGGUGACGGGAGACAAAGCCCGGCUCAUCAGCCCCCUCUACAACAUCACUGCCAAGUAUUACUGUGUCUCCUUCUACUACCACAUGUACGGGAAGCACAUUGGCUCACUGAACCUGCUAGUUCGCGUGCGGAACAAGCGAGCCAUCGACACCCAGGUCUGGUCGCUCAGUGGGAACCGGGGGAACAUGUGGCAACAAGCACACGUGCCCAUCAACCCACCCGGGCCUUUCCAGAUCAUCUUCGAAGGUGUCCGGGGCACAAGCUAUGAGGGGGACAUUGCCAUCGAUGACGUCACUCUGAAAAAGGGAGACUGCCCAAGGAAGCCAAUUGGACCAAAUAAGGCGGUUGCUCUUCCAGGAAGCGGUGUCCCGGCCCUGCACAGCCCUUGUCUUUGUGGCCCAUUGACUUUCUUCCUUUACGUGCUGCUCAGAUGAUGGCAAGCGAGCGCUCCUGUCUUCAGACCGAGACAUUCCUGCUCCUUUCCUACUCAGCCACCUCUGCUCCUCUUCCUCCCCUCCUCACUGGCACACCAAAGUGUCCAUAUGUUACCAAAGACUGACAGGCAUGACCACGCAAAGGGAUCUGGUUCAGAACUGGAGCACUCCUUGAGAAAGUCAUAAUGUCUAGAACAAAAUUUAAAAAUAAAGACAAAAAUUUUUUAAAAGCACGUGCACGAGAGAGAGAGUGAGAGAGGAAGGAAGGAAAGAAACAGAAACACACAGAAAAGAAGGAAUGAAAGACAAAAAAUAGGAAUGAAGAAAUGUGAAGAGCAAACGAAGGAGGAAAAAAACACCCCCAUGUUUCCUUGGGAAUGUCGGACAGGGCGUCCUCAGGGAAGUGGGAACUUGUUUUAAACAAACAAACAAACAAAAAUAUAUUAAAGCACAAAUUUCUACCAGAACAGUUACCUUCUUUACUGCAGAGCCCACAGCUUAGUGGAUGAUAUACCGCAGUACUCCCCUUGUCUCCCCAUGCUCUCCCGCUGGCUGGGGCUGCCCCGCUCCGGCUGCAGCUCCCUGCAGUAACGCCGGCCUCGACCGUGGGGCAGCAGCCGCCCCCUGUGCCGGUGGCCGGAGCAUCUUGCCUCGCACCGCAUGUGCUUCAGUGUCUCCAUCCACCCGUAUCUUCCAGGCUCUCAUGUAUUUAAUUGCCCCCUGUGUGGUUUGCUUUGGCCUUUCCCCACCGCUCUGUGCUUCUCACUCGCCAGCCUGAAGAACAUGGAGCAGGAAUGGACCCAUCACAUGGACCACGCUGAGUGGUGGAGAAGUCCCGGCUGGAUCCGGCUGCAGCAUUGGCCUCUGAGCGCCUCUUUCUCUCUCUCAGCACCUCUUGAUAGGUGGAGAAACUGAGAGAGCAGGUCCGAGCUGGAGGCAGAAAGAUCAGCCGCUGGAAAGGGAUAGAGCUAAUGUGUUACAUCUGAUGUGGAGUUAAGUAAUUUGGAACACCUGAGCGCAACUCGUCCCAGCUGUAUGGGAGUGAAAAAACGUUUCAUCUGUAUGGAAAAACUUUGCAUAGUGCACACAAAGGGUUCGGAAACUCCUCAAGUGAAGUGUUACAAUUGGCAUGCGUGCAGAGAUGCCCCGGCACAGCCUGAAGAGCAGCUGUACCAGCAGCAACAUGGAACCCUUCUAAUGGGAAGUAGCUUUAUCCUGGAAGGAAAUAGGGUGGCAAUCAGGGAAAAAGCAAGGGGGGAAGUUCAGAUGUUUAGGCUGGUAAAUUUCUCACAAGAAUAAUUUAUGGAUGUAUGAAUGAGUGUAGUAAACGUGAUACAAAUUGUAUUUUACUCCCUAUUGCUAUUCAAAGUAUGGAAAUUUAAUUUCUUUUUAUACAAAAUCCUGUGGGUGCACUACACCAGAACAACAGGAAAAUGCUUUAGUACCAGAGGGAGAGCAGGGUCUGGAUUCCUCCUCCCCCUCCUCCUCCUCCUCCGCAGCCCAUCCCAAUCACCCUGUGCCAGGAAAAGCACCCUGCUUUUGGGUUGGUGCCCUGCACUUCUCAGCCUGGGAGGGACAGUGACCGGGAGCAGCCACCAGCACUGGUGGGAAAAGCAUCCCUCCAUGGCACCAUCACUGCCCUGAGCUCUGUCUCCAGUGUGAAGUGGUCCCUGUGCAAGGCGCUGGCAGGAGCAAGCCCUGCUCCCCCAUAGCUCUCAGCGAGGCUGAGGCAGGGAGUUUUACCUAUGGGAAUAGCCGGGUGGUCCGUCACGCUGUCCUGAGGGACCGCACCUGCCCCAGGCAGUGACAGGCAAAGGAACCAGGGCAUUUUCCUUCCUAGAUGAGGUAAAUGGUGUCACCUCACCCCCCUCGAAGAGACAAACUUUUGCCUUAAAGCAGAGAGCUCAGGGAGGUGCUGUUUCAGGGUGUUGCUGUUUCAGUCCCCUCCGUCUGUCGGAGCCAUGCAGAUAUCCAUCUUUCCCUGGAAGUGCCGCACCCGUUUGCUUCCUGGGUGCCUUUGGAUGGCCUUCCAACAGCAUUCUGGGGCCCCUAACAUAAGGAGGAAGUGGACCUGUUGGAGCGAGUCCAGAGGAGGGCCAUGAAGAUGAUCCGAGGGCGGGAGCACCUCUCCUAUGAGGACAGACAGAGAGUUGGGAUUGUUCAGCCUGGAGAAGAGAGGGCUCUGGAGAGACCUUAUGGUAGUCUUUCAGUACCUAAAGGGGGACUAUAGAAAAGGUGGAGAGGGACUCUUUAUCAGGGAGCUUAGUGAUAGGACAAGGGGCAAUGGUUUUAAACUGAAAGAUGGUAUAUUUAGAUCAGAUAUUGGGAAGAAAUUUUUCACUAUGAGGGUGGUGAGGCACUGGAACAGGUUGCCCAAAGAAUCUGUGGAUGCCCCAUCCCUGGAAGUAUUCCAGGCCAGGCUGGAUGGGGCCUUGAGCAGCCUGGUCUAGUGAGAGGUGUCGUUAAGGUCCCUUCCAACCCGAACCAUUCUGUGAUUCUAUAUUGCAGCCCAGCUGCUCAGAUCUGCUGCAGAUUGCCACGACAUCAACGUGGGUACAGCCCUGUUUGCAGAGGCACCAAGCAGCAGGACCCUCUGCGGGCUGCAGGAGAAGCCAGGCGUUGCCGCCAUUUGUAUUUGCUUUAGCCCCACUGAUAACUGCUCAUCCUGUUCAGGCUGGGAAAACAUUUAAUGCAGACAAAAGGCAUUUGCAGCCAAACAAGUGCUGGAGAGCUCUGGAAAUUGCAUUUUAACAGGACCCAAUUUACACUAUGUGGUAAUAACUGGUGGCUGGUGGUUUCCAGCAGGGAGCUGAAUAGCCCCAGUACACUCAGCAUCCCAAAUGAUAGCUGUGGUAUAUAUGUGUUCUUCAGUACUCCCCUUGGAAGCAAGACACAUGCCAGUUUGACUCACCAUCUGCCACCACCUAAACACGCUGUGGGGGGAUUCUGGCGUCUUCUGAUGGCUACUUAUGGUCUGGUAUGGUCACAUCAAACCAGAGACAGCCACUUGUGCCCUGGAGGCCUUACACAUCCCCCCAAGGAGUACUGCAGGACAGCCCAGGGCCAUCGUCACCCAACCUGCCUUUCCAGAGAGGGCAGGGAUGCAGCUUGUAGGGAGCUGUAGUCUCCAGGGCAUCUCUUGCCCAUGGAAGAGCAGUGCCACCCCACUCUGUUUUGGCUGUGUGAGGUGUGUAGGCACACACCUAGGCAUCUAGACCCUGGGUUGAGUAUAAGGUGCAUGCUCAGUUGCUCUGCCAUCAAGCACCAUUCCACAAAAGCAGAGCAAGCUCCAGGGACUGACAGCAGGUUAGCGAGGUUGACCAUGUCCCUGUGCUGUGUGGCUGCUGGGGAUGGGGGUCUCAGUCCCACUCAUAACUGCCUCUGGCACUUGUUAUGCUCUGCAUCACCUGGAUCUGGUCUGGCACCUUCUUCAUCUCCCUCCCCCCCGCCCCAGCCCUGGCACAGCCUGAGGGGCUGGUGAGGCUGCCUGGGUGGUGGUGGUGGAGUGGGGAGACAGGAACACUCCAGGGCAUGUGUUGGCUCCAUGAGGCAUCUAGUGUAGGUCACAUCCUGGCUUCUUCAAAGGAAAAGAGGGCUCAUAACAGCCCCCUGGGUGGCUGAAAGGAUGGAACAGGGCCUGUUUGUGUCAUUCUUCAAAAGGAGAGGGGAAACACAAGCUCCACGCUGCGUUGCCCUUCAUUUCACUGGUAGCAGACAGUAGUCUCUGGCCUGCAGCUGCCGAGAUGCUAGGCGAUGGAGACUAAAGAAACGUCCUCAGACUCCAGGUUUUGCGUGGAUUCAGGAUGACAUAUAAACCAUUUUUUCCUGUGGAAGGAGGCAAAAUUUUGUGCUUCCAUUAACUGUUGGCCUAAAGGGGAAUUUGGCUAUGAAUGCUUAGCUUACAGUGGAGCUUUUUAACCCCAGGGUGGCCUAAACUCAGGAUAAUACAGGGGCAGCUGGACAGCCCUCAAACAGCAGUGGGACCCCCAGGAGUGCCGGUGCUCAGAGCUCACAGCGUUGUCUGUGCUCUGUGUUUUAAUGGCCAGGUCCUUGCCUGAAGCAUUGAGCCAAGCGAAGGGUAUCUGGCUGCUCUGCCACCCUGCGCAUGCAUACGUCCUGUCUACCAGCCAGGUCCACAGGAGUAUCAGAGACCCGCUGCUGCUGCUGCCGGCCAAGGGCGGUCUACUUUGGCCGAGGGACCUGGGCUCCGGUCCUGCCAUUCAGGCGGCGAUGUGACUCUCAGUUGCUUAAAACCCAGCUGUUGUAAUGGAGAGUUGCUCCUAGGUGUUCAAAACUUGCAUAAUUGUGGCGCGCCCCAGAUGACCAGCAAAGGCAGGCCCCGGGUAGGAGCUGGAACAUGCCAGACAUCAGCAGUGAGUCCUUUGCUGUCAGCGUUACAGCUGCUCGGGGCACAGGCUGAGCCCACACCAGCGAAGAGCCAGCGCAGCCCCAGUUCCCUGCCUGCAUCGCAGCCGCUGCGCACAGGCACCAGCUGGUUUUCCUUUGGUGACUCUGAUAUAUAACACGAAGCUGAGAUGAAGAUAUCUCCAGGUGUUGCAUGCGCUGUAUAGGUCCAGCACUGGUGAGGCAUUUAUCUUAGCAUAUCCUAAAGGGAUGCGAGCUGAAAACGGAGGUGUGAGGGUGUUGCAGCUGCCAGCAAUGCAGCAGGGAGGAGACAGGACUUGAAAGCCCCUUUUGGAGGCAGCAGCAUCUCCGGAGAGUCCCCACCUUUCCCUUCUCCUGCUGUCCACACUCCAACUCUAAGCACCCUCCAAGGUGGGGGCAUUUGGUGUAUCUUCUGUCACUGGGCCUUGUUCUCGAGAGCCAACUACGGGUAUCAAUAGAGUAACAGCCAGGAGAGGCCGUAGCAGCACGGUCAGCUCAGACAGUUCCUAAAUUGUGCUGAGAGGAGAAAAUCAAUUUUGUUCUGUCUUUGAAAUGCCACAAGCAUUGACUGGGGUCAGUAUUUUAGGUCUUUUGUAUAGCUGGCAACAUGUACUGCACAGAAGUUGAGCAGCGAGGGACUUGUGAGCGCUGGAGAUUUCCCUGGGAAAAUUCAGAUGCUGAUGGGGACAGGUUUUUACAGACUGGGAGCAAAGGAGCUUUCCUGUGCAUUUAUUUGGUUGUUUCCUGGAGGCCCUGGUAUGUAACAUGCUGGGACAAGAAGACUCAGAAUUUGCUGGAGGUGACUUUUUCCUCUCAUCAAACCUCGAUGCUCGUCCUUCUCUGCUGCCCAUCGCCAGCUUCUCAGUGCAUUGAUGUGGUGUCAAUGCUGGGUAAAGUGGCUUAGUGUCAGUGCUUUCAAAUAGAUGAGCUUGGCCUGUUUUCCCAGUUCUUGGGAUCUUCUAGAUUUACCAUCUCACCCCGGAGGGCUUCACAGCAUCCAUUCAUCUCUCAGGACAUUCCCCAGAAGCUGUGGAUGCUACAGAUACAUGUCUCUUCUUUGUAGUUUUGGCCACAGCCCUUGCCUGACAGCAUGGAGACAAUCUCUUAUCUCUAGGUGGGAUGGAAAAUUUGGUUCCAGCAUGGUUUUCCUUUUUCCCAGCCAGAACCAUCCUGCCUGUAUCACAGUGCACAUAGUGGAAGAAAGGGGCCAUCACCCAAUAUACAACUGCCUCAUGGGGAAACAACUAUGGCACCUCCUGCCUUUGGUCAGAAGUGAGCAUCAGUGUUUUCCACACUCUUCCUCACUCCAUCCCCUGGCUCUGUACUUAGCCUCACCAAGUGUUUCAUUUCCAGCCUGGAGAGAUCAGCAGCAGACUUCAUUCCUGGAUCCCAUAGGAGGGGAUCACACCAAAAUCCCGUCCUCAGCUUGCGAGGGGCAGGGAGAACCAGCUCAGGCCCAACGGUGAGCCACUUCAGUGGGAUCCAGUGCCAGUGGGACUAUGCCACCCUUGUGCUUCCAGGUCACCAAGGCCAGUAGAAAGUAUAUGUUGACCUGAGAGAAGCAUUUAGAAACACCCUUCCGAAAGGAGCUAUACACAGACUCUGUGUCUUUGGGGAUACUGUGGAGGAUGGGGAGGAGUCCUCUGGUGUCUCUUAUUUCUUUUCCCAUCAGUAUCCUGGAUGGGGACCCUGGGACAGAGCCCCAUUCUGCACCCACUUCCUUCAUCGCCACCAUGUCUUGUCCCAUCCCGCUCCACAUCUCAUAGGGUGCCGUCUCUCACUGAGCGGAACCGGGACCCUCUCGCCGCCACGCUACCAAGCCAUCCUCGACGUUAAAAGCACAAAACACAAAGGGACUGAACUGAAACUUUUAAACAGGGUGAGAUGUUUUAUAAGCGUUGCCUCAUCCAACCUCCCCCCGACCCUGACGCACCCGCUAUGUAACCUAUAGACUCUCAACGUGGAUUGUUUCAUUCAAAUAAAGCUGCAGUACUCGA